UAAACAGCAGCUGGCUUGAUGACGCAAACGAACUGCGGUUCGGACCCAAAUUAAAUAAUAUGAACACAGCCCAGCGGGGGAAGGGGGACGGGGGAGCAAUCGAACUCUGGUUCGGACCAGACAAGCGAACCGAGUGUGAAAGCGUCUUUGCCUGCGCCAAUCCGGAAGCCAUAAACGCGGAAGCGUGAAAAGUGCCUAAUUACCAUGAAAAAAACACUGAAUGACAUUCAGUUCUACCAUUUCAUGAAGCAUGUGACAACAAUGGGGAAGAAACACAUAAUGCUGACGUUCGACAUGCUGGAUUGGGAUGGUGAUGGAGAAAUUGGUUUUGAGGAGUUUUAUAUGAUAGUCUGCAUUCUGCUCAGUAGUGAACACGAUGUGGAAGAGACCUUCAUCUGUCACCAUUUCCUCCCUGUCUUUGAGCUGUUGGAUAUGGACGGUAGCAAAACCAUCAACCUGAAAGAGUUUAAGGCAUCCGGAUUCCUUUUCAAUCUCAAGGGUUCCGAUUUCAAAAAGAUCUUGAACCUGUUUGACAUCACUGGCGACGAGUGCCUGAAUCUAAGUGAGUUUCAGAAGUUUACCAUGAUGUGCAUGGAUGCCCAAAAGGAGUUUAAGAAAAAACGUGGAAAAUUACACCGUCUCAUGGACGUCUGCACAUAUUUUGUGAAAGAAGAAGAUCGACUUCAUUUACUUGACUGAGUAAAAUAUGCUUCAGAAAUAAAAAUGAAAUGUCUUCUGUUU